CCCGACUCCUUUUCUCACUCGCUGUGCGAGCGAGUGAGAGAGAACUUCGUUCUCUUUCUAGAGUUUUUCCUUGGGAUUUUCACACCUCAAUCGUCCCUCCUUUUUUUGCAUAGAAAACCCUAGCUCCGGCUUCUCUUCCUAUACUGAGAUUCUCCAACGCUGCCGCCUGGCGCAAAUUCCGCCGAAGCAGCUAAAGCAGAACCCUUCCAUGGCAGUGGAAUCCGUUGCUCCGACUACAAGAGACCUCCCACUGGAGGUCUUCGGGACGGAGACUCCGCCAGAAAAGCCCCGGGGUCGGGUUCUCCCAUCCAGAUGUUCAGCAGAUGGCGAUGCUAGAGCUCGGACCCUCUCGAGCAUAAUGCAGAAACUAUCCAAGGGAGAUGAACUUGAAAGCUCGCAUGAUCAGUGUAAUGCUUACACAGAAUUCUAUGUCCAAAAGGGCAUUGGCUAUCUAAUUGAUGAGGACUCAAUUGAGGAAUAUGAAAAGGUGGCAAAGGAAAAGAGGAAGGAGAAAUUAGAGCAACGGGAAGGAGUGGAGUUAAAUUUUCUCAACAAACUUGGUCAUGUCCAAAAGAUUAAGAUUCUGAAUGGCAUUGCUGAGAUGAAGAAUAAGCUUAGGUCCUUCAUGGGGCUACUAUAG